AUGCUCUGGAACCUCCAAGGAAAACGCAAAUAUGGCCGCCCGAAACAAACUUGGCGGCGCACUGUUGCAGACGAGGCGAAGAAGAUCGCCUUUUCUUUGUCCACAGGUCCAAGAAGUAGAAGGACGAAGAAGAAACCGAGCACAGAAGAGAAGAGGCCCAGAACUGCGUUCAGUGCAGCACAACUCGCGAGGCUAAAGCACGAGUUCGUCGAGAACCGCUACCUGACCGAACGCAGACGCCAAGCCCUCGCCGCAGAACUGGGACUAGCUGAAGCCCAAAUCAAGAUCUGGUUCCAGAACAAACGCGCCAAGAUCAAGAAGGCUACAGGCCAGAGGAAUCCUUUGGCUUUGCAGCUCAUGGCUCAGGGACUAUACAACCAUAGGACGGCGACUGAAAGUGAUGAGGAAGAGGAGAUUAAUGUCACUUAAAGGAUUUUUAUGGCUGAAGGAAGUUUGGAUUUAAGACGAAGCAUACUUAUCAGUCCGGAAUCGUAACCGUAUCAACUCGAGGCGGUCAGUAUUCUUUGCUGCAUUGCACAUUUAUACGCACGUAACGUACACGGCGGAAGGCGAUACGUUGUUGAUCCCUUUCCGGGUUGAUAAGUGUGCUAUGACCUUUA